AUGACCAUCACAAUCAUCAGGUCUGGCAAAGCGCUGGCGUUUACGUCGUAUGCGGAGACGCUGAGCGGCUCGCUGCACCAACUACACAUAGCGCUGCACCGCGCCUGCACAACAGAGGCCGUCCCAUCCGUGCGGCUUGCUGCGUUCAAGUUGUUGUUGUUGUUGUUGUUGUUGUUGUUGGUUUAUCGUGGUUGGGUGGGCCCGUUCUUUUGA